GGUCCCGGGAACGAGAAGCGCAGGGCCGGGCGGCUCCCUGGGUGCAGGGGCGCGGCCGCCGGCAUGGAGCCCAACGUGCGCUUCUGGAUCGCCGAACCCCAAUCUUUUGUUCGACGAUUUCUUCAGUGGACAGAACUAUUAGAUCCUUUGAAUUUGUUCAUUUCAGUUGAAAACAUAGAAAAAGCAAGGCAGCUGUUGUUCACCAAUGAAGAUGCAUCCGGACACGCCUUGGAGUAUCAAACGAUACGAGAAGCUUGGAAGAGGAGUCUUUCAACAGUGCAUCCCGACAGCGGCAGACCGAUCCCCGCUCUCUUUCGACCUGCCGCCUUCCUGCCUUUCACGAUGCCCACGGUAUUUUUGUCGAUGAUGCCAGCAAAAGGGAUGAUGUCCGUUGUUUUACCUCAGGUUUCCUUGUAUGCUUACACGACAGCAUUCAACAUUAUCAACGGCAACGAGAGUUACAGUCGUCAAACACCAGAAAGUAUAGUACUAGGGGCAGGAGUAAUUGCUUCUUCAACCUUCUUUGGGCUUAUUCCUUAUUUGAUCCAAAUGAAAUAUUCCCUGGAUAACCCUUGGAUCAAAAGAGUCUUACCUGUCGCCCUUCUCACGCACGUCAGUGCCAUGAAUGUCUUUGCAUCCCGGGGUUUUGAGCCCAUUCGAGGGAUUGAGGUCAUGGACAAAGAAGGCAAUGUCAUAGGCCAUUCCAGAAGAGCCGGGAGAAAGGCUGUCCAAGAAACAGCCAUAUCCAGGGCAGUGCUGUUUGGGACCUCAGCUCUUAUUCCUGAAGUCUUCGCCUCCUUUUUUAAAAGGACCCAGUUUUUCCUGAAAAAUCCACGGUCGUUAUGGACUGCAAAACUGUCUUGCACUGUCCUGAUGAUGGGACUGAUGGUGCCGGUGUCCUUUAGUAUGUUUCCGCAGAUCGGGCGGAUACAGUGCAGUAAUCUUGAAGAGGAAAUUCGGUCUUCAACAGAAGAAACAGAACUGUUCUAUAACAGAGGGGUGUAGGGUGAGUUUUAGGUGAAUUUGUUCUUGCUUGAAAACCUUUCAAGGUUUUGGAGGACUCUGCCAAAGGUCCCCUGGGGACGCCGGAGGUGUCUGCGCUGACAAGAUGACAGGAUUGCACGUGCCGAGGCUGUUUCCAGGCUGGUGUGUCUUUGAGGCUGGCCGGAGAAGACAGUGGGAAGGUGGCCUGUCUUGGCAGCCCAACAGGGCUGCUGAGGCCACGGGUGCGGUGAGGACCAGCCUAUGAAAUCACUAAUAAACUGGUCUCCAGUUGAGUCUUUGAAGAAAUAAAGGCAAAGAGUCCACCAUGCCCAGGACACAGGCAUGAAGUUGCUAGCCUGGCUUCGGAUAAACACGAUCCGUGUGGGGAGCUGUUUAAGGCCUCCGACCCCCAAAGCAAUGCUGUUUCCCUACUGGGCUCACCCAAUUCUAGACAACUACUUAAAAUCUUUGCCGCCCUCCACCCUGCGUCUUUCCCUUCACUGGCAAAGGACCCUGCCUCCUCCUUCCCUGGGAAAACCAGGGCUAUCGGCCAGCCAGCGGUGGAACUUCCUGGCACCAAAUCUGCAAACUGCCCUCCCUUGUCCCCAUCCUGUCCUCCACACGAGGUCAGCUGUCCCUCUGGCUCCAGCCUCUCUGCGGGCUCCUUCCCAAUAGCAUGUAAACUACGUUAAUGAGUCACCUGCCUCA